UAAUUCUUUAAUCUAACCUUAAAUUUUAUUGAGCUAACCUUAAAGUUUACUUUUUGUUAGGAAAUAUGAUUGUAAGGCAUUUAUCAAGUCUGGUUAAGAUACUAAUGCCCGUGGGGGAAAUUGUUAAGCAGAAUGGUGUCCGCAGUUUUCAAAUAAGUGCAAGUAAUUUCCGCGAAGUUAUAGAUAGGAAAGAAAUGUUGAAGUCUUUACCAAGAGCAGACGAUGGUACUGUGGGAGAAAAUAAUAUAGACGUGGAUUCUUUAAUAUACGACAAAGUGGAUCUAUUCCCAGACGAGCAUACACAGAAUAAAUUGUUUCGUGGCAUACCUUAUAAGGAUCUACCGAUAUGUAAUAUCAGAGUUACUCACAAUAACACGAUUAUCAAUUUCACAAAUUCAAAGGGUAUACCGCAGUUAAUACGAUCAUGCGGUGUGGAGGGAUUUAAGCAUACCAGAAAAGGAACCAAUAUAGCCGCCCAAGCAACUGCAAUAACUUUAGGAACCAAGGUUUUGGAGAGGGGUAUUAAAACAGUGCGUGUACGUGUCAGAGGUCUUGGACCUGGCAGAAUGUCUUCUAUUAAAGGGUUGCAAAUGGCUGGCUUGGAGAUUGUAUCGGUAACUGACAAUACCAGGGUAUCCUGGACUCCUGCCAGACCACGGAAACAGAAAAAACUUUAGACAUAGCUUGUUUUUGUUUUGCCUUUAAGUAUAUGUAUAGAUAAUAAAACAUGAACAAUUUUAAUUUAUUUCUUUAGUACAACAUAUUAGAUAAGAAAUUUCAUUUUAAUAAGUAACAAGUAGCAAAAUAAAAC